GCAGGCAGCGAGCGGCUCCGGGGACACGGACCGGGGCCGGGGCCGGGACCGGGACCGGGGCCGGGACCGGGACCGGACAGCGACGGGGCCCCACCGGGGCUGGGCCGGCUCCGCUGCAGCGCCGGGCACCCGCGGCCGAGCCGGCGGGGAGUUACCGAGGAGCAAGAGCCGGUGUCAAGCCCCUCCCUCGAGUGUAGGAGGCAAAAAUGGGCCGGAAAAAAAUACAGAUCAGCCGAAUAUUGGAUCAGCGGAACCGGCAGGUGACCUUCACCAAGCGGAAAUUCGGGCUGAUGAAGAAGGCGUACGAGCUGAGCGUCCUGUGCGACUGCGAGAUCGCCCUCAUCAUCUUCAACAGCACCAACCGCCUCUUCCAGUACGCCAGCACCGACAUGGACAAGGUGCUGCUCAAGUACACGGAGUACAGCGAGCCCCACGAGAGCCGCACCAACUCCGACAUCCUCGAGACACUGAAGCGCAAGGGGCUGGGGCUGGAGAGCCACGAGCUGGAGCUGGAUGAGGGGCCGGAUCCUGGGGAGAAGGCACGAAGGCUGAGCGAGGGCAUGGACCUGUCGGUGGCACGGCCUCGGUUUUAUACCCCAGCGCGCCUGCCUGAGGCAACUUACAGCAGCUCCCCACCGGCCACUGACACAUCCCUGGGCAGUGCCAGUGGCUCCCCACAGGGCCAGGGCCGCCCGCCUGCCUUCAAAUCGGCAGCACCAAAGCCACCGGGAUGCUCGCCGGGACCGCUGCCCCCAGGUAUCGGCUACCCCCUGUUCCCUGCCGGCAGCCUGAACAGAGCCCUGGCCACCAAGACACCCCCGCCGCUGUUCCUGGGGGCCGAGGGCCGACGCGGCGAAGCCCACGGCAGCGCGGGGAGCAGCCGGAGCGGCGGCAGUGCGGCGCGCCCGCUGUACCCCGCUCUGCAGACCCUGAGUCCCGUGCUCACCCCAGGCAGCUCCGGUGUCCCGAGCCACGGCCUCACUGGUUUCCCCUUCCUCGCACCGGCCCAAGCGGCAGAGUUUGGGGCUGGCGAGGCCCCGCCACCCCCCGGGUUCCUGCAGCCCGGCCCCACGGCGUGGCAGCACCCACGGGACAUGGCAGCAUUGGGGGUCAGCAGCCGGAUCGUCUCUGCCGAAGAGCCGGCCCCGGCCCCCGGCGCCUCCCCGCAGCACCCAGCCAUCAGCAUCAAGUCGGAGCGGGUCUCCCCGGGGCUGGGCUGCCCCUCGGGCACCCCCCAGCCCCCCCUGGCCAGCCUGGCCUCCCUGAGCGAAGCCUCCCGAGGCCCCGCAGACCUCCAGCCUCGGGAUGACUACCCCAAGGGGUACCCCUACCCCCUGGGCCCCCCCCGGCCGCUGGCGGAGGAGCAACAGGUCCCCGUCCCCGCACGACGGGUGCAGGCCAUGGACACUUGGCAGAGAUAGCGAGGCUGACGGGGUGCAAGGGUGGGGGCCAAGCCUGGGGGAGCAGCCCCCCCUCCCUGCUUCACCCUCAUCCUCAGACCCCUGGGAAGCCCCUCGUGCCCUUUGCAGUGCCAUCAGGGGCGGGGGGGAGGGGGGGGUUGGCGGUGCCACAGAGCUUCCUGCAGGGUCCUGGACCCCCACCCUGGGGCUGCAGCUCCCAGUAAGCCCCUUCCCCACCCCAGUGCUCCCCACAUGCCGCUGGCCCCCCUCCCUGCAGCUCUGCCCCCCCCAGCCCCCUGCAAGGCCAGGACCCCACGGAUGAGGAGCGCUAGCCCGGUCACCUGUCCAGUGCCGGACACUGUACAUCCGCGUCCUUCCGUCCGUCUGUCCUUGCGACAGCGUGUCCCCAGCGAGUGGGAAUGCCUGAGAAGUACCACGGGGUGGCAGCAGGACUGAGAGCACCAGCCCCAGGUCCAACCCUGCACACCCCCGGCCCAAUCCUGCACCCGCCCGGGGUGGGGGCGGCGCAGCAAGGCGGGAAGGGGGGAGGCAGCCAGGGGCGGUGGGUGCUGCUCCCCCAGCCCAAGGGCUCUUUUCUAUUUAUUAUCUUCUCAUCAAUAAAGAGCUGGGGGUGUU